ACAGCUCCUGAGCACGGCCUGCCAGUGAGGUGGCUCUCUGCACUCCACACACAGUCACACUCCGCGCACUCACACACUUGGAAGCGCCUCCCCACGUCCCUCCCCUGCCCUCCUCUUGCUCUGCUCUUCUCUUCCUCACCACAAAUAGUCGCCGAUCGACUGCCAAUCCGCCUCUCUCUCUCAACAACAUGACUGACUGGGAAGAGGUGGCUCAGGCAGAGCAGCUCUGCUGGCGCAGGCAGGAGGAGCAGGAGGAUUAUUAAAUAACGCAGCUCGACUCUGUGCAACUGGGAGUGGAGAGAAGGAGCCCAACAGUCGAGAAGGGGAGGGAGGACAGAGGAGGGGGACCAGGAAGGACAGCCCGUGCCCCGAAGACAUAAAUCCCUGAGUGCCCGGGAGGAGCCUUAACAAGCGGCGCGGAGCCCUCAAGGUUGCUAAGUUGGCUAUCCCCGUGCAAGCCUUGGAGUCCCAAUGGGGGACUCAGGAUCAAGAAGAUCUACCUUGGUCUCACGGUUGCCAAUAUUUAGAAAAAGUAUUAGCAGAAGACAUGACUCUCUUCCUUCUUCACCCUCUUCCAGCAAUACGGUUGGUGUCCACAGUUCUUCUCCUUCCAGCACUAACUCAAGCUCAGGUAGUACAGGAAAACGCAGGAGCAUAUUCCGAGCUCCUUCCAUCAGCUUCCACCAUAAGAAAGGGAGUGAACCUAAGCAAGAACCCACUAACCAGAACCUUAGUAUUUCAAAUGGUGCUCAACCUGGUCACAGCAAUAUGCAGAAACUGAGUUUGGAAGAACAUAUUAAAACCAGGGGAAGACAUUCUGUGGGUUUUAGUAGUUCACGACAUAAGAAGAUAACAAGAUCCUUGACAGAGAAUUUUGAAAGGGAAAAGGAGCACUCAACUAAUAAGAAUGUCUUUAUAAAUUGUCUAAGUUCUGGGAAAAGUGAGGGAGAUGAUUCUGGAUUCACAGAAGAACAAACUCGCCGUUCUGUUAAGCAGUCAACAAGGAAGUUACUCCCUAAAUCUUUUUCAUCUCACUAUAAAUUUUCUAAGCCAGUUCCACAGAGCCAAUCCAUUUCGUUGGUACAACAGUCUGAAUUUUCACUUGAAAUUACACAGUACCAAGAGAGAGAACCUGUGUUAGUAAGAGCUUCUCCAUCUUGUUCUGUGGAUGUAAAUGAACGGGCAGGAAGCUCUUUGCAAUCUCCUUUGCUUUCUGCUGAUCUUACCACAGCCCAGACACCUUCAGAAUUUUUAGCCUUGACUGAAGAUUCUGUAUCUGAAGCAGAUGCAUUUCCUAAUAGUGGAAGCUUAGCAUCCCACUGUGACAAUGGUGGCCCCAAUGACCCUACCUCUCAGAGCUCUCCCAAACCUGCUGCUAUUACAAAGACAACAAUAGAACUUAUGGGAGCUGUGCCUGGUGCAGUUAUGUCUCCUGGGAAAUACAGGUUAGAAGGUCGAUGUAGCACUGAAUCUAAUUCCUUAUCAGAAACCUCUGCUGCUAAUCAAAAGGAAAUGUCAUUGCAAAUCACUGAGCUACCGGUUAAGAAUGUGAACAACUCAGAGACUCACCUAUCAGCAGAUACUCAAAGAGAAGAAAAUAUGCCAUUACAAAAUGGUGAAUCAAUGCCAAGGACAGGCUCUCCAAGGAAACUUGGAUUCUAUGAGCAACAUAAAGCAAUAGCUGAACGUGUUAAAGGGACUCAUCCUGUUUCAGAUUCAAGGAUAAUACCUUCUUCUGGUGAUCAUCACAUUUUAAACAAAACAUCCUAUGGUUAUGAAGCAAGUACAGCCAGAGUUCUUGCCAGUAGCCUCAGUCCAUAUCGGGAAGGAAGGUUUAUAGAGAGGCGACUCCGGUCCUCAUCAGAAGGAACUGCAGGGAGUAGCAGAAUGAUUUUGAAACCAAAAGAUGGAAAUGUAGAAGAAGUAAAUAGUUUAAGAAAGCAAAGAACGAGUUCCUCAUCCUCAAAAAUGAACAGUAUGGAUGUUUUAAAUAACCUGGGAUCCUGUGAAUUAGAUGAAGAUGAUCUAAUGCUCGAUUUAGAAUUUUUAGAAGAACAGAAUCUUCAUCCUUCAGUUUGCAGGGAGGAUUCAUACCACUCUGUAGUCUCCUGUGCUGCUGUAGUUCUCACUCCAAUGGAACCAGCAAUAGAAAUGAAGAAAAGAGAAGAACCAAAAUUUCCUGAGACUUCCAGACAGAAUCUUUCCCUGAAAUUAACAAAAGAAGAUCAGGAAUCCAGGUGUUCCCAUAUAAGCCGAAUGCCCAGCAGUCCAUCAACAGAUUGGCCCCUACAAGGUGUGGAAGAAAAUGGGGGCAUAGAUUCUCUGCCUUUCAGACUGAUGUUACAGGACUGCACAGCAGUAAAGACGUUAUUAUUAAAGAUGAAGAGAGUUCUUCAAGAGAGUGCAGACAUGAGCCCAGCAAGCAGCACCACUUCGCUUCCUGUUAGUCCUCUCACUGAAGAGCCAGUGCCUUUCAAGGAUAUAAUGAAAGAUGAAUGCUCUAUGCUCAAGUUACAGCUGAAGGAGAGGGAUGAACUUAUUUCCCAACUUCAGGAAGAGCUGGAAAAAGUUCAGCAUUUACAGAAGGCUUUUGCUUCAAGAGUAGAUAAAUCUACACAGACUGAACUUCUAAGCUGUGAUGGUUUAAGCCUGAAAAGACUGGAAACAGCACAAGGAGGGAGAGAGGCUACAUAUCGAAAUCGAAUUGUGAGCCAAAGUCUCAGCACAAGGGACAGAAAAGCAAUCCAUACUCCCACCGAGGACCGUUUUAGAUACGCAGCAGCCGACCAGACAAGCCCUUACAAAAACAAGGCCUGUCAACUGUCAAGUUUAUGUUUCAGUAAUUUCUUGAAAGACAAGGAACUAGCAGAAGUUAUCAAACACUCCAGAGGAACUUAUGAAACUCUCACUUCAGAGGUUACACAGAAUUUACGAACCACUGUAGGGCAGAACUCCCUGAAGCCAACAGCUAAGACAGAGGGACUCUCCACGUUGUUAGAGAAACCAAAGGACCAGGCUGCUGUGGGCCGCCAGCAUUCAACCUUUACAGGCAGGUUUGGACAGCCACCAAGAGGGCCAAUCUCUUUACACAUGUACAGCAGGAAGAAUGUUUUUCUGCACCACAAUUUACACACCACUGAGCUUCAGACUCUGGGCCAGCAGGAUGGGUAA